AUGAAUAAAAGAGAUCGCAAACGAAAUAGAAAUGAAGCUAGAUCAAAAUUUAGAAAACUUUGGAAGGAAAGAGAACAAUUUUUAAAAAAUAAAGUUCCACAUGAAGAUGGAAUAAUCGACGAUGAUUCCUCUAACCUGAAAGAUUCCGAACAUAUUGACAAAUUAAACCAAAAUCUAGGAGUAAAAAGAGUCCAUGCUCCUAAAACUAAAUAUGUUAUCGCAUUUGGGUAUUUGGGCACUGGAUACCACGGAUAUCAGAAACAAGUCGAGUACAAAACUGGAGAAAUGGAUAAGGUUAAAACUGUAGAAGGAACCCUUGAAAAUUGUUUGUUUCGUAUUGGUGCCAUUAAUGAAGCCUUUAGAAAUAUGACACAUAAGCUACAAAUGUCUAAAUGUUCUAGAACCGACAAGGGAGUUCAUGCAGCUUGCACAUACCUUGGUGGUCGUUUCAAUAUAGAAAUGGAAGAUGUUCCAGAGGAUCAUGUACCGCAAGUCAACAAUCACUCGGAAAUAAAUAAUUCUAGUAAACCCGAUACUAGUGAUAAUGUUGAAUUACAAAGUGACGGAAAAUUGUCAAAAGAAGAGAAGUUUGUUCAAAGACUAAACGCAGCUUUACCUGAAGAUAUACGUUGUUUCAAAAUCCAAAGAGUUACAAAGGGAUUUGAUGCAAGGUCAUUGUGCUCAAAGAGGAAGUACGAAUACAUUAUUCCAGAAUGGUUACUUUCGAAGAAAUUUGUAUUACCAAACGAAGAGCAUGAGAAGCAUUUUAGAAAUUUAGAAGUGAUUUUUGAAGAAAAUACUAAAACUAAAGAUAUAAUUAAAUUAAGUAAAUUAAACGAUACACUUUAUGAAGUCAAGGGAGGUUUUGAGGAAACUGAAAUUGAACAUAGCAGACUUUACGAGAUACUAAAAUUGUAUCAAGGAACCCACAACUUUCACAACUUUACAGUUAAGCAAAAGGAGGAAAUUAACAACACUUCUAGGUUUAUACAUAAAAUUAGUAUCAAAUCCCAUAAGAUACAAGAACUUGAAGUAGUUAAGAUUCUAAUUGUUGGACAGUCGUUUCUGUACAACCAAAUUAGGAAGAUGAUUUCUCUGGCAUUACAGGUUUAUUUAGGGAUUGCACCCAAAAAUUCGGUAGAGUUCUCGCUAAACAAGUCCCAUUUUUUAAACAUUAACUUGGUCCCUUCAGAAGGAUUAAUACUUCAUCAUCCAUACUUUGACUCGUACAAUAUGAAUCGCUGUAAUCCACCUGAGGUUCCCUAUAUUGAAUAUAAGGACGUUAAAACCAAGGUGGAAGGGUUUAAGAACAAAUAUAUAUACCCUGAGGUUAAAAAAUCAAUGGAAUCUGACUUGUGGGAAGGAUGGCUUGAAAAUAUUCUCAAGUAUCCCUUCUAUUUGGAAAACAAUUUUGUACCCGAUGGGGAAUCAGAGUAG